GACGUCAUCCGCAAGCGAAGCGAAGGGAUUUCGAAGAUGAUGAGGAUAGUAAUUAUGAUAAGACUCGGUUGACUUGGUUGACGUCAAAUGAUGCCUCACGCCUCGAUCGACGUGACAGCACCUGGUCAAACGGAUCAGAACGUCGGUCGAGACGCAUUAACGCCUGCUCAGGCUCGGUUCUUCACGCCACGCCAAUACCAGUUUCAGACGUUACCAGAAGUACGAUCCCGUCCCCUGCGGGUAGGCACGUCAAACAACGGUGCGAACCCGAAGGACCCUGAAGAACACAAAGGCGAGGAGUUCUUGCCCGGAGGAAGUGACGACCCUGUCCCGACCACCGCAUCGGACCACCUCGGUGGACCCAAAGGCCGCCUCGGGAAGAUCCCCCGUCAUCCGAGAAAUGGUGAGAUCGUCCUCCACCAUGUGCUUUUGGAAUCAUUAGGCUUUAGUUAAUGAUACAUGUGUUGACUUGAAUAUAUUUUAAUCCUGUCGCCAUUCUUCUCCCACCUGAGUAAUGUACAGUGUGGUCAAAUGAUUCAGCCCCCACUUUCAAGCAUUCCAAGGUGGCUUGCAUGUAUGUUGCAGUUCAAUUGCAGCCAAAUCCAGUGGCAUGCAUUCAGAAACAGAGAGCAGGGAUGGAUCCAAUGAUCCAAACACUUAAAGAACUUGAGAUAGCAUGGAGAAAUUAAUGCCAGCAGGCGAAGCUCUACAGGCUCAUCAGAUCCCGUAAUAAGCUAAUUAAAGACUUGGAUGGAGGGGGUGGCAGAGGGUGUAAUAUGCGGUGACAACAGGCCUUGUUUUGUCGUCAGCGACGCCCCGGGCUGGCACCGAAGCGAAGGCGGACCCACCGCGGGGUCCAUCGUAACGAAGGGCGGCGUCUUUUCUGCUGAACCGUCUGAUCUCGAUUUCCUGAUCCUCACUAUUUGUUUUCCUUCGUUUAUUUUACUCUGUGGAGGCGUUUAAUUUUCUCGUGGACUUUAUAACUUAAAUAAAAAAAAACAUUUUUUUUUAUUAAGAAGGGUAAAAUCAAACGGCUUUUUUGAUCUUUUUCUUUUUCUUUUAUAAUUAAUAUAUUAUUAUUAUUUUGUUUCUUUUGUGUUUUUACGGUGUUGUUGUUUUCUGUUCUUUUGUUCUCUUUUUCCACCUCCUCCUCGUGAUGUGUGUGUGUGUCUGUCUCUCUCUCUCUCUCUCUGUUGCGCUCUCAAAACCCUAACCCUCGGAAACUACCGGUCGAUCCGCCAUCUCCGAUCGGGGUUCUAGCUCCGGACGGUGGUUCUUGAGUGAGAUCGUCGACUCGGUUCGUCGAUCCGGAUGUGUACCGGCAUUGGCGGUGGAUCAAUUCGCGGUUCAUGGUCUCUGGUGAUUUGAGUCCAAGAAUGAGUACGGUAAUGGAAUGUAUAAAGGCGAGCUUGGUGGCUCAUAUCACUGCUGCAUUCCAUUUUGAUAUGUCUCUGAUCUUGACAUCAAGGUAGAGAUCUCAGGUCUGAUCGAGCCAUGAAUCACCUAGAAAUGGGUUCAUCAGGUGGUACUUCUGAGAUUGUUGAAUCAGUUGAAGAGCCGAACUUGGAUAAUUACUAUGGUGGUUCUAAGAUGCUACGGAUUAAUCUCAAAACAAAUGUACAAGACGGGAAGUGUCAUGAUGUUGAAGAUGAUCUUGGUAAACUUUUGAGAACAAUUGAUCUCCGGACCUCAUCUGGGGCGCUUGGUCCUAUGAGUAAGCCAGGUGUUGACUUGUUGCAGAAGAAUGCUUUGAAGAAGCCCAUCAAGGUUGGAGCAUCUCGACCAUCAGGAAUAGGAAUAUCAGAAUCCGUCACCUUAAAACAGGCUUUGAGAAGAUUAUGCAUUUCCCAGGCAUCGGAAAUGGCUGCCAUGAAGAGGCUAUCAAAGCCAAUUAGCUUAUCUGGGACUUCUGAAGCUGGAACGAUCAAGAAGCUUUAUGCAUCUGUGGUGGUUCAAUCGAGUGACUCUUGUCUUCCUAUAAAUGGAGGACAGAGAAAUUUGGUCGAAAUAUCCAUCAUGCCUGAAAAGGUCACAGCAGUUCCAUCAAAAAAGGCAACCGUACCUGGUCAAGUGCAAAAUUCUGAAUCAAGUGAUAAUAAUGCUGUUUCAUCUCCUAUAUCUUCAGUUCUCAAUACACGUAAGGUAACUAAGAUCAGAAUCCAAGAUGUAAUUAAUCCAACGUCAGAGGACUCCUUUGAAAGUCAAUCAGCUGCAGUAGAGACCGAAAAGAAGGGAAAAUCAGUUUCAAAAGCAUCCAUAUCAAGCUCACAGGCAGUUGCUGCAUCAAGCAAGGGUAUGGUAAGUCAGCAUUUAACCAAGCCAGUACACAGGAACAAGGCCAUUAGAAAGAAAGGAAAGCCUGAGCCAGCUUCAGCAUCCGAUGUUUCCACCAAACAUAGUGAGGUGAAUAUAGGUGGUGUUACAGUCCCUACAACCAAACCAUGUUGUCCUAAGGAACCUGUCACUCCUGCAUGUAUUACGCCCACGACCAAAUUAUGUCGUCUUAAGGAACCUUCCGCUGCUGCAUGUAUUACGGCUACAACCAAAUCAUGUCGUCCUAAGGAACCUACCACUCCUGCAUGUACUAUUCCUACAACCAAAACUCGUCGUCCUAAGGCACCUGCCACUCCUGCAACCAGCACUUUGAAUCCUGCUGCUGUGAUUGGUAAGGAGCGCAUUGAUACCGGUGCAAACAAAGCUCUUUCCAGCCCAAAUAUCCAUGGCAGUGGUAGAGCUAUCGGUGUAAAAUCAAGUGAAUUCUCUAGAUCAAGAGAAAAAGGGGAGUGCUCUCACAGCUCGAAAAGCAGCAUUGGGGAUUAUAGUAGCAGCACUAGCAUCAGCGAGGAGAGCCAUCAGAGCGGUGCUAGUUCAAAAGGUUGUAGACCUCACAUGUCAAAGGAUCUAAGAUGGGUGGCCAUCCAUCAAAUCCUAAUCCAACAAGGAAGUUUAGGUCUAAAGAAUUUUAGGCUCCUCAAACGACUUGGUUGUGGAGAUAUUGGAACUGUUUAUCUUGCCGAGCUGGCUGGUUUCGAAUGCUUAUUUGCAUUGAAGAUCAUGGAUGUUGAAUUCCUGGUUAGCAGGAAGAAGAUGCUGAGAGCACAAACCGAAAGAGAGAUAUUGCAAAUGCUGGAUCAUCCAUUCCUUCCUACCCUCUAUGCUCAUUUUACGACAGAGAACCUCUCGUGUUUAGUUAUGGAGUUUUGCCCUGGAGGUGACCUGCAUGUCCUUCGACAGAGGCAACCUUGUAGGAGUUUCACCGAGCCUGCUGCUAGGUUUUAUGUCGCGGAAAUCCUACUUGCUUUGGAGUACCUACACAUGUUGGGUGUGAUCUAUCGUGAUCUAAAACCAGAAAACAUUCUGGUUCGUGAAGAUGGUCACAUCAUGCUCUCCGAUUUUGACUUGUCUCUACGAUGCUCAGUAAGCCCGACCCUUGUUAGAUCCUCCUCAUUAGGCGCACAGGAGUCUGCAAAGAAGCUCUCAGGACCCUGUGCUGAAAAUAGCUGCAUUGACCCACUUUGUCUUCGACCAUCUUGGGUUCAAGUUUCUUGCUUCACACCCCGUUUGCUAUCCUCCACACAAGAGAAAACACAGAAGGAAGUAGGUGGGCAGGUAAGACCACUUCCGCAACUUGUGGUGGAGCCGACUGAUGCACGUUCCAACUCCUUUGUUGGGACCCAUGAAUACCUAGCUCCAGAGAUCAUUAGAGGAGAUGGACAUGGAAGUGCCGUGGAUUGGUGGACCUUUGGGAUCUUAUUGUACGAAUUACUUUUUGGUAGAACACCCUUCAGAGGACCUGGAAACGAGGAAACAUUGGCCAACGUGGUUUCUCAGAGCUUGAAGUUCCCUGAGAACCCAUCCGUUAGCUUUCAUGCAAAGGAUUUGAUCAGAGGGCUUCUGGUAAAGGAGCCGGAAAAUAGAUUGGGAUCGGUCAAAGGUGCCGCUGAGAUCAAGCAGCACACGUUCUUUGAUGGGUUAAAUUGGGCCCUGAUCCGAUGUGCAGCACCACCCGAGACACCAAGAAGCCAUGAGAUUGGGACGCCCCUGAUGUUGCGUAAGAAAAAAGAAGGUAAGUGUCUUGAUUUCAGGGCGAACGGAGAGGACGUGGAAUUCGAGCUCUUCUAGCAAAAAAAAAAAAAAAAACUUGCUAGACUCUGUAGUGUACUACUUCACUUGGCGGCAGUUGGCCGUCUUAAUUCCCUACCCUACCUGUUGUUGUGACUAUCUCUAUCUAUUGAUGUAAAAUGUAGGUGUAAUACGCCCGCCCCUGUUAGUAACAUGAAUAUGAUGGGUUGGUUCCACAUAA